AAACAAAACGUGAUCGGCCUAUAUGCAUAAUUCAAUGGGCAUAUCUAACCCUGUAUUAGUGGGGCACUCCAGUUACUCCAGUAAAGGAAUUUGAGAAAUUAUCUCUUUAUCAGUACCAGUUACGCGGGGUAGGAGGAGACCAGCAGCAACAAAAGUAAACAUCCAAGAGAAAGUAGAGAGAAAACCGAUUUCAUAAGUUUUCAGAUGGGGUGUAAGGAGAAGGUAAUAACCUUUCUGUGCAACUAAAACAUACCCACCUACCCUAGACAGUUCAAAGUAUAGGCUGGGUGAAGGGAUGGAAUUAAUCUUUUGUUAGUUGCAGUUCUGGCUUAAAAACCUUAUCUUUUGUUUGGCUAUGCAAUGUUGAAUAGUUUGCCCACACCUUUGUAAUAGGAGAUACACAAAAAACGGCCACAAAUGUGUCUGAAAAGACAGACUCAAGCAGUCACAUUUCACACAAACACAACGUCAAAAAUUUGAAAAUCAUGUAGGUACUAAGUUUCCAAAGGAAAUCAAGAGUAUGAGUUCAUCAAUUUUAUUAAUUGUUUUCUCUACUUUUCCUCAAGACAAAAUAUUAGACGUUCUACUGUGGACAUUUUUCUGUUUUUUUUUUUUUUUUUUUUAGAAAAUAUGAUUGUUCUUGUACUCUAGCAAAUGACCAAAGUACCUUCUCACGCAAUUGAGCAAAUAUGCUCAGUGUGCUGUUGCGCAUAUUUACGCAUGCCAUCCCUACCUAGCUCUUUGAAUUGUUUUUAAUUUUAUUACCAUUAUUAUUAUUUUAUUUAUUUAUUUAUUUAUUUUUUUAAAUUUGAUUGUUAUUUCAAUUGGAAUGUACGUAUAGUAAUAAUAAUCCGGCUCCUCGCCUCGCCUCUGGGCAUAGAGGGGUCGUCAGUACUUGUGUCGAUGUACUAUAUCAGAAAGUAAUAAUAAAUUCAUUUCAUUUCAUUAUUUUAUUUCACUUAAAUCAAUCUGAACCAACUUUUAUAUGUAUGCCAGUGUACCUACUUGAUCGUGUUUCGAUUUUUCAUUCCUUAAUCGAAUUCAUUAUUUCGCGAAGGGAAAAAUGAAAACGUUGUUUAUAUUAAGUGCGUGCUUAAUUAUAGCCACUAAUGACUACGUCUCGGAAAGUGAUAUUGAACGAGAAUGGAAAUCCUUCAAGGAUACCUAUAACAAACACUAUGCCGAUAAUGCAACUGAAGAAAUUCGUAAACAAAUUUUUAUAAAUAAUACGCGAAUGAUAAAAGAGCAUAAUGCAAAGUUUGAAACGGGCAACGUAACGUUCAACAUGGGAAUGAACCAGUUUGGUGAUAUGAAUCACGAAGAGUUUUUAAAACGAUUUAGCUACAGGGAAGUAAACGAAACACAUUUUAGAUACAAUUAUAGCAAUAAUGUGUCAAUUGAUGGUCCUGAUAACAAAGAAGUACGAUCGCGUCGAUCGCUUCCUACAGAAUUUCGUUGGGAAAUACCUGAAGAGGUAAUUCCUGUACGCGAUCAAGGUGAUUGUAGAAGUGGAUGGGCAUAUAGUGCGGCGGAUACGAUUGCAAGUAGAUGUUUUCUUCACAAGGAUUGCAAAAAGACGAUUGGUUCUUUGAGCGUCCAAUACCUCAUAAAUUGUACGAGUAAUUUGGGUAAUCAUCGUUGUCAAGGCGGCGAGGCUGCAAACGCAUGCGAUUUAGUGAGACUGAACAAAAAAAUGCCUGAUGAAAAGUCGUACAAUCGCCAAUGUAGUAUGGCUAAGUUUGAGCACAAGAUCAAUCUCAAUAUUGUACGCUGCUGCCAACUCAUAGUAAAUGAUUCCAGAAGCUCGAAGAAUUUGAAAAAAUCGAUUAGAAAACUUGGUCCAGUUUCUGGUUCUGUUAGUGUUGAACAACCAAGCUUUCAAUUCGCAAAGGAAGGUAUUUAUUACGAAGAAAAAUGUGAGAAGGUGGCGAAUCAUGAUGUUUUAGUAGUUGGCUAUGGAACAGAUAAUAAAGGACACAAUUAUUGGAUUGUGAAAAAUUCAUUUGGAAUUUCUUGGGGUGAUAAUGGAUUUCUCAAAAUUUCUGCCAGAGCGACAAAAGACAAAUGUAGAAUUCUUAAUAGGUACAUGUUUCCAAAGUUUAAGGAUCAACGGCCUGACCUUAUUAUCUUUUUAUAAAUAAUUAUUAUUUUAUUGAUGAUAAUUGAUGAGUAUUUUUUUACGUAUGUAAAUGGAGGUAUGUCAUAUACGUUCGUAUAAGUCACUUAUGUACUUACUAGUUUUUUUCCUGUUAAUUGUUAAAUAUCAUUUCCUGCAAUGAAAUACAUCAAUUUUAUCUGUG